UUACCACCAUCAUUACAUCCUAAUUAAUACAAUCUUCUCAUUCAUUCCUACAACUUUGAUUAUACCAGUUAUAGAUAUAUCCAUGAAGCUUAAAAGUAGGGUUUUCUUCUUCCUUCUUUCCCUCGUUAUCCUCACUAGCGUAGUCGAGGCUAGUCCUCGUAUCGUACACAAGCGCUCCCGUGCUAGAUCUUUCAUCGAAGCCCAAUGCAAGACUACGCUCUACUACGACUUAUGUGUCCGUUCCCUUUCAUACUAUCUUGGCAAUUAUACGAGCACCUUGAGUCGCCAAAGCUUAGCCCAAUUUGCACUUAAAGUGAGUCUUGUAAAGGCUCACUCCACAAAAGCUUAUGUGAUGCGAGUGACUAAGGCACUCGAGCUCGAGCAACUAGGAAAAACCUCGUAUUAUCUCCAAGUUAAGGAAUGCCUGGAUCAAAUAAAUGACGGGGUCAAACAACUGACAAAUUGCAUUAAGGAGACGCAGAAGAUCCAGGAAAACGGGGAAAGCACGGACUUCCGUUGGCGUGCUAGCAAUGUGAUGACAUGGAUGAGCGCCGCGGAGACGGAUGCAAGCACGUGCAUCAAUGGGAUAUCGGGCCGGGCCAUCGGGGGCAAGACCAAGGCCACCAUCAAGGCCAAACUUGUCAAUCUUGAGCAAAGUACUAGCAUUGCUUUGGCUUUGUUCAAUGGUUUCGCCGCCAGAUACAAGUCCUCGCACGUCCACUAGCCCAACUCAAGUUUCUUUAUUUAUUGUGUGCCGGAUCCGAGGGAUUCCAAAUACUAAUCUUUUAAGGGGCCAAAUUGUGAAUAGGCGUCAUUUUUUUGUUUCUGAAUUUCCCUUUCUUUGCUUCAACAAAUUACUAAUGAAUAAAACAAUUUGAUUGG